GCAGAAGCACCAUCAACGGUAUCGCGACAGCUGGAGCACGGUGAUAUAUAAAAAUAAAAAAUGAUCCUCCCGAAGGCGACAUCCCUGCAGUGGUGGUGUAUUUUUAUACUCUACACCCAACGCACCGAUAGUGCAUCGUUCUUCUCAAAUGCCGAACCGACGACCACCGGUACUGCGGGUCUGUUAUCGUUGUGUGCGGAAAAUGGAGAAUCCAGUGAGCAGUACGUCAGCGAUAAGGGCGCUACAUCGAGCGUGCUGUUAGCUCUACGCCCUGAACACGGCAAACCCUCCUGCAAGCGCCAGUUCCGGGCUCCUGAUGCGUACAACUUUUUCGUCCGGAUGCAACGCAUUCCAGCCACGGGCAGUCAUCGCAGCUCAGCGAGCAGAAAGUACAACGGCAACAAAUCCAGCAACAGCACCCACAGCUGCCCCUUAACUAUCUCUCAGUCCGCAAAUGGGGAGGUGUUGCCAUCGUGGCGCCUUGAUCCCUGUCUGCUUGAGACGGCCGGCGGCAUUCAGGAGGAACCGAUGCGAUUGCUGCAGGGCAAGCUGAAUAUCGUCUGGAACCAUGACGGGAACGCAGCCAACUACCGACUUCAGAUCACGGUCGUCGGCCAAGGGGCGGUAUGUCUGGAGCGAGAAAAGCACUCCUGUCUCGAGUACGUCGGCAUGCCGUUGCUGUGUAUCGCCCGCGAAUUGGUCUGUGAUGGGCUGCCAAACUGUCCCCCACUCGGUACUGAGGUCAGCGAUGAAAAUGAAGCGAUGUGCAUAAAACACCGCCAGCAGGAAUACUCGGAAAACCCCGUCCAAUCCGUGUUCCGACAGUACAUCCAAAACACGAUAAAGUCAUUUUUCGGUGGCGAACCGAAAGAACUACCCUCGAAGCCUCCAUUCGGUGAGGUGGACAUUGCGUUGGAGCAAAAAUUUGGAUCCGUCUACUCUCCGCCAGCUUUGCCGCCGCCAACGAUGGCAUCACCAACCACCGAAUCUGCACCACCGCCCAAAAAACACCGCAGCAGCAUGACCGGACUGUCGAAGUACGGCCCGUGGGGUUAUCUGUUCCUCGGCAUGCUCAUAUGCGGCAGUGCGUUGCUGAUUUGCGGUCUUUGGGAGUGCUGCUGCCGAACGCACAAACCCGAGCCUAAUCCGGAUGAUUCGCUGCCGGAUCCGGUGCCAUCGUUUCUGCAAACGUCAUCACCCGGGCCUGGAAUGGGAUCCGGUGGUAGCACGCCUAGCCACAAUCUACCUCAGUAUGGGGAGCUUGACCCACCGCCCGCAUACUCGGUGCUGUUUCCUACGCAGAAACCCUCCGACAACAGCGACAACGCAUCCCCGGUGGUACCGGCCACAAUGACCACCAGUAGUCCUAGUAUUAGUAGCAACAACAACACCACCACCACCGGCGACGAUGGCCAUUCGCAAGUGCAGGCGGUGGUGGCCUCUGACGAGCCACCAUCGGUUUCGUCGACAACCCUUCCUUAGUCCUGCCUAGCUUAGUUAGGAUUAGUUUCAUGAGACGGUGUGUCAGAGAGAGAGAGAGAGAGAGCGAGAGAGAAAGAGAGAGAGAGAAAGAGUGCGAGAGUACGAGAAGGUAGUAAUAAACACGGCAGUAUUUUUGGAUCCGUCGUAUCUGUAGGCUAGGUGACAAAAUUUCUUUUUUCUUUCAAUUUUCAAUUUUACGUCACUAUUCUAAACCUAAUCCCACACACG